UGGAAGAGUAGGGCCCAGAAUCUCCCGCCACCUCGGAUCAAACCGCGUCCUAAACAGGGAAUUAACACCACCCCACCAAUCCCUUUCAAAUGCAAAUUCACUUUUUUUUUUUUUUUUUUCCACGUUAAUUUUGAGUCACAUUUGUUCAUGAAACCAGCAAAUGUGAUGUUGAAAUUGCUUGGAAGCUCCCUUAAUCUUCUAAUAUGUGACCACGUUGCAAUCAUACUUGAAAUGACUUUAACAUAUCCACAUCUAUAUAUACAUGACUGGAUCACACUUACUCUUCCCUGAAUUUCUUUGUCAAUAUUUCAAUACAUUGCAUCAACAACUCAGUUAGCAUCAUGGAGGAGCCAAGUAGCAACCAAGGUGGAUGUAGCAUGGCCUCGCCUUACAGGGGAGUCCGGAAGCGAAAAUGGGGCAAAUGGGUAUCCGAGAUUCGCGAGCCAGGGAGAAAAACCCGAAUUUGGCUAGGAAGUUUCGAGACGGCGGAAAUGGCGGCUGCAGCAUACGACGUGGCGGCAUUGCACCUUAGAGGUUCUGAAGCGCGGUUGAAUUUUCCCCAACUCAAGGACAAUCUCCCUCAGCCUGCAAGCUCGAGUGCUGAGGAUAUACGUUUGGCGGCUCAAGAGGCCGCUUUGGGUCUCAAGAGGCCCACUCGAGAGCCUGAGGCAGGUAAUUCCAGCUCCAACCCUGGUCCGGUAAGGAUAGGACUCUCUCCGAGUCAAAUUCAAGCAAUUAAUGACUCACCUCUAGACUCACCCAAAAUGUGGAUGGAGUUGGUUGAUGCCCUUAUGAUAGAAGAACAUACCAUAUUUUCUAAUGAUAUUGAGACGAGUGAUUGGGAAGAAAUACCUGAUGAUUCCCUUUGGGAUUCCUAGGUAAUCCAAUACUAAAAACUAUAGUAAUGACCGACCAUAAUUAUUUAAUUAUAUGUAGUGACUUUCUAAUUAUACUAUAAGGUCUUCUAUAUACUGUAUUAAAAAAAAAAAAAAAAAGAA